GUGUGAGGUGAGCUGAUUAACAGGCUGUGCUGAUUUCUUUGAAGACACAUUCUGUGACUCCUCAACAUAUUGUCACCUGAGAAAACAAUCCAGACCCUGAUCAGGACCAGGACCAAAUGGCUGCUUCUCAGGGACCAUUGACCUUCUGGGAUGUGGCCAUACAUUUUUCUCCGGAGGAGUGGGAAUGCCUGGACCCAGCUAAGCGGAAAUUGUACAUGGAUGUGAUGUUGGAGAACUACAGCAACCUGGCCUCUGUGGCUAUGUCAUCUGAAGAUGACCAGGCCUUUAUGCCAAAGUUCGGAAUACAAGAUUUAUUCACUGAAAUAAUACUGAGUACAUAUAAUGGAAAGAGCAGUUAUCAAUGGAUUAAACAUUGGAAAAACUUUGAGCAAGAGUCAUAUCUUAACCAUUGGAGAAGCAAGCUUACAGAGGACAAUUAUAAAAGUGGAAAAGUCUUUGACCAAAUUUCCAAUCACAGUACAGGUCAGGUUAUUCCAAUUGUGGAGAAGACACACAAAGGAAGUAAAUGUGUCCAGAUUUUUCAGCAGUUUUCAAAUUACAAUGAACAAGAUAAUAUUCAUACUGGGGAGGAGUCUUACAAAUGGAAUCCUUGUACUAGAAUCUCUAGUCAGAUAUUCAAUACAAAUAAAAUGAAAAAAGUCCAUAGUGGAAAGAAACCUUAUACAUGUAAAGAUUCUGGUAAAAGAUCGAAUUGGCCUUCAGGUUGUAUGCUAAAUCAAAAAAUUCAUACUGGAGAGAAGCCUUACAAAUGUAAAUCAUGUGGCAAAGCCUUUAAAUGUCAUUCUUCUCUUAUUGUUCAUAAGGGAAGAAUUCAUACUAUAGCAAAAUUUUAUACAGUCAAGGAAAAGGGAACAGUCUUUAGUCAAUCCUCAAGACAUACUCAACAUUAUAGAAAUCAUUGGGAAGAAAUGACUUAUAAAUGUUCAGAAUGUGGGAAAACCUUUAGCCGACUGUCAACACUUUGUAUUCAUCAGAGAAUUCACACUGGAGUGAAACUUGACAAAUGUAGAGAACUUGGCAAAGUCUUUAGGUGUUCCUCCUCCCUUAAAUUACAUCAGGGAGUUUAUACUAGAGAGAAGCCUUAUAAAUGUAGAGAAUGUGGCAAAGCCUUCAGCCACUCUUCAUCCCUUAAUCAACAUCACAGAGUUCAUACUGGUGAGAAGCCUUUCAAAUGUAAAGAAUGUGGCAAGGCAUUCAGUUUGGCAUCAUCCCUUAAUUAUCAUCAGAGAGUUCAUACUGGAGAGAAGCCUUAUAAAUGUAGAGAAUGUGGCAAAGCCUUUAGCCAGUCCUCACACCUUACUUCUCAUCUGAGAGUUCACCAUGGAGAAAAGCCUUAUAAAUGUAGAGAAUGUGCCAAAUCAUUUGGCAACUCCUCAGACCUUACUAAGCAUCAGAGAGUUCAUUCUGGAGAGAAGCCUUAUAAAUGCAGAGAAUGUGGCAAAGCGUUUAGUCAGUCCUCACACCUUAUAUAUCAUCAGAGAGUUCACCAUGGAGAGAAGCCUUAUAAAUGUAGACAAUGUGGCAAAUCCUUUGGCUUCUCUUCAGACCUUACUAUGCAUCAGAGAGUUCAUUCUGGAGAGAAGCCUCAUAAAUGUAAUGAAUGUGGCAAAGCGUUUACCAAGUCCUCAUCUCUUAAUUAUCAUGAGAGGGUUCACACUGGAGAGAAGCCUUAUACAUGUAGAGAAUGUGGCAAAGCCUUCACUGGACCAUCAAACCUUACCAGCCACCAGAGAAUUCAUACUGGAGAGAAGCCGUAUAAAUGUAAUGAAUGUGGCAAAGCCUUUAGCCAGUCCUCAUCCCUUUCUUGUCAUCAGAGAGUUCACACUGGAGAGAAGCCUUAUGAAUGUAGAGAAUGUGGCAAAUCCUUUGGCAGCUCCUCAGAUCUUACAAAGCAUCAGAGAGUUCAUUCUGGAGAGAAGCCUUAUAAAUUUAGAAAAUGAAACAAAACCAUUUAUCAGUGUUCCUGUGUUACUGUACAGCAGAGAGUUCAUAAUUGAGAGAAGUCUUACAGAUGUGAGGAGUGUGGUAAGUCCUUGACCGGCUGUGAGAACGUACUGAAUAUCACAAUUCAUACUGGAGAGAAGCCUUAUGAAUGUGAAAAAUGUGAAAAGCCUUUAAAAGCCAAUGUAUUACUGUACUUGAUCAACCUCAGAACAAAAAGAGACCUUACAGAUGUAGAGAAUUGGGCUAGAGUGUUUACCCAUAGCUUAAAAUUUACAUCAGAGAUUUUAUAGUGGAGGGAAGCCUUAUACUGUAAAAAAUGUGAGAAAGCCAUUAGUCUUUGGUCAAAUUUACUGAACAUUUUAGGAAUCAUUCUGAAGGGAAGCAGCAGUAAUAUAAAGUUUUCAUCCAAAGAUUUAACCAUGGUUGAAUCGUCAUUGAAAUUGAUAAAAUUGAGCCUUAAAAAUUAUGAGGCAUAUGUCAAAGUGUAUAUCCUUAUUUGUAUCUCAUACAACAUCUGGUAAUUAUUACUGGAUCGAAUCCCAGCAGAUAUAAAAAAUUUGACAAAGCUUACUUAGUAUGCAAACCUUACACGACAUCAGAAUUCAUACUGGGUAGAAACAAUACAAAUUUAAAUAGUGUCCUACAGUCUUUAAUCAGCAUCUGUAGCUUAUUCCUCACGUUGGAAUUCAUUCUAGAGGGAACCUUAAAUGUGAAGAACGUGGGAAAUCAUAUAGUUGGACCUACAGCCCCAGUCAAUACCAGGGAUUUUAAUUGGGUAGAAGUUCAAUAUUUAUGACAUAGGAGGAAGGACUGUUUGAAAAUAUAUAUAGUUUACAAAAAUCCAAGGAGUUUAUACCUUAAAAUGACUUUAAGAUGUAAAAACUUUAUCCAACUAUGUAAUUGCUUAUGAAUUUUAAUGUAUCAUUGAAUUCACACUAGAUAGGUAGCCAAAAUGCCUUUCGGUAUUGCUCUACAUCAGAAUGUUUACUACAGUAUACUCCAAACUUUAAAUGUAGUUAGGUGAUGGUUUGUAUACUUGAAUAUAUCAAAAGAAUUAAUGUUUCCAUAUGUACAAUUACUUAGAGUGUAAUCUCAUUUAUAUUGAAAUCAUAUGAAGUAUUUUCAAAAGAAAUUUGAUUCUUCUCCCAUAUCACUUGAUGUUGCUAUAUUUUAUUCCUGGUGUGUGUGUGAAAUCAUGGAGUUGAUUGUUUCUGCCUUAAAUAUCUCUGAGCUGGCCCUGGCUGGUUUUGCUCAGUGGAUAGAGCGUUGGCCUGCAGACUGAAGGGUCCCGGGUUUGAUUCCAGUCAGAGACACAUGCCUGGGCUG